CGCAGGCGCGCUGAGGUCGGGCAGCCGGUGAUGGCGUCCGUGGCGGAGUUGGGGGGUGCGGGCCCAUGAGGCGGGCCCAGGCCCCGCGCACCCAGCACAGCCAGGAAGCGGCGGCGGCGGCGGCGCCGCGGCGGCUCACACCCGCGCCAUGGCGGGCGUGUUCGACAUCGACCUGGACCAGCCCGAGGACGCGGGUUCGGACGAGGAGCUGGAGGAGGGGGGUCAAUUAAGUGAGAGCAUGGACCAUGGAGGAGUUGGCCAAUAUGACCUUGGCAUGGAACAUUGUGAAAAAUUUGAGAUUUCAGAGACUAGUGUAAACAGAGGUCCAGAAAAGAUCCGACCAGAGUGCUUUGAGUUACUACGCGUACUUGGCAAAGGUGGCUAUGGAAAGGUAUUUCAAGUACGAAAAGUAACUGGAGCAAACACUGGGAAAAUAUUUGCCAUGAAAGUUCUUAAAAAGGCAAUGAUUGUAAGGAAUGCAAAGGAUACAGCCCAUACAAAAGCAGAGCGGAAUAUACUGGAGGAAGUGAAACAUCCCUUCAUCGUAGACUUAAUUUAUGCCUUUCAGACUGGUGGAAAACUCUACCUCAUCCUUGAGUAUCUCAGUGGAGGAGAACUAUUUAUGCAGUUAGAGAGAGAAGGGAUAUUUAUGGAAGACACAGCUUGCUUUUACCUGGCAGAAAUCUCAAUGGCACUGGGGCACUUGCAUCAAAAAGGAAUCAUCUACCGUGAUCUGAAGCCAGAAAAUAUCAUGCUUAAUCAUCAAGGUCAUGUAAAACUGACUGACUUCGGAUUAUGUAAAGAAUCUAUUCAUGAUGGAACAGUCACACACACAUUCUGUGGAACAAUUGAAUACAUGGCCCCUGAAAUCUUGAUGAGGAGUGGGCAUAAUCGUGCUGUGGACUGGUGGAGUUUGGGGGCAUUAAUGUAUGACAUGCUGACUGGAGCACCUCCUUUCACUGGGGAGAACAGAAAGAAAACAAUUGACAAGAUUCUCAAGUGUAAACUCAACUUGCCUCCCUACCUCACACAAGAAGCCAGAGAUCUGCUUAAAAAGCUGCUAAAAAGAAAUGCUGCCUCACGUCUAGGAGCUGGUCCUGGAGAUGCUGGAGAAGUUCAGGCUCACCCGUUCUUCAGACACAUUAACUGGGAUGAGCUGUUGGCACGAAAGGUGGAACCUCCUUUUAAACCCUUAUUGCAAUCUGAAGAGGAUGUGAGCCAGUUUGAUUCAAAGUUUACACGUCAGACACCUGUUGAUAGCCCAGAUGACUCUACUCUCAGUGAAAGUGCCAACCAGGUCUUUCUGGGUUUUACGUAUGUGGCUCCAUCUGUACUUGAAAGCGUAAAAGAGAAAUUUUCUUUUGAACCAAAAAUUCGAUCACCUCGCAGAUUCAUAGGUAGCCCUAGGACACCAGUCAGCCCUGUAAAGUUUUCCCCUGGGGAAUUCUGGGGAAGAGGUGCUUCUGCCAGCGCAUCAAAUACUCAGACACCUGUGGAAUAUCCAAUGGAGACAAGUGGAAUAGAACAAAUGGAUGUGACAGUCUGUGGAGAGGCCUCAGCACCACUUCCAAUCCGGCAACCAAACUCUGGGCCAUAUAAAAAACAAGCUUUUCCCAUGAUUUCCAAACGACCAGAGCACUUGCGCAUGAAUCUAUGACAACACAAUUUUUUUAAGCCUUCGAAGGUGGAAAACAAAGAAUGGACAUAAGCCCCCUUGAAGUUGAAAUAUGAGGGCUUGUAUGGUUUACUUUUAAAAAGUGACAGUAUCAAAGAGUCAGUCAUUGCACAGAGCGACUUGGAAAGCAAAGAAAUACGGAUUUUUUUCUGUCAAUCAAUGGUGCAUAAAAAACUUUAGAAAAUGGUAUUGCAGAACUCUAGGCACAUCAUCUAACUGAUUCGCAGUGACAUCUUCUCACCUUAUCAAGGAUUUUUCAGCUUGAUAGCUUGAAACUGACAGUAUUAAGGGUCAGGAUGUUGCUUCAGAAUCACUGGUCUAGUCGUGAAUGUGUCAAGGAGGGUUAGCCCUUUCACUAGGCAAAGUAUGAAAUGCCUCUAUGCUUGCGUCUGAGGAAUAAUUAGCAUGCAAGCUUGAUUAAGCUGUUUCCUACAAUGGGGUGGAAUCAAAGAUGAAAGAUAAAAUUAAUUGGUAUUUCACAUUCAAAACAUAAUGAGUUUUUUAUAUAUAUAUAAAAAUAUAUAUUUUUCAAAUAGAUUUUUUGAUUCAGCUCAUUAUGGAAAGUAUCCCAAAAUUAAAAAUGCAAAAUAAUUGGUUGCUGUGAAGAAAGUAAAGGCUCUAGUUCUGAUUCUUCUCCUCAUGAACAACAAAUCAAUAAGCGAAUCACUCAAUUACCAGCUUGGCAAUGUGGGGUGGGAGAGAACUGUUUCACUUGCUUACCCAGCUGAAAUACCUGUUCCUGCAAAGACAAAUGGAUCUAAUCAAACAGCAAUGCUGCUAUGUUCUAGGCUUAACUGGAAGCCAUGGGCUCACAUACAUGUCCUGCUUAUUUCAUCCUUGUCCUCAGCAGACAUUUCACUGGGAAACAUCACUUUUGUAUAUGCUAGUCCUUAGAUGGAGACAGCUGACUAUGUUCAGAUUCUUACCCAUACAAAAGAUCAGGAAAAAGUGCAUUGGAAUACAAGGUCAGUAAAAACAUAUAGGAAGUACCACAGGAAAUAUAUACAAAUUCUACAUAGCAUAAGGAAAUAAACCUUUUUGUAACCAGUGGGUAAGAAUUUGAGGACUUUUUUUUUUUUUUUUUAAAUUUUGCUUAUGGGAGUUCCCUGCCAUUAUACAUUUCUAAAUUUAUCAACAUUUUUUUUCUAUGCUGGGGCAAUAAAUUUGCUGAUUGUAUGAGAAAAGUGUUAAAUGGCCUUUCAGUGAAUGUCUUCCACAGUGGGUCAGAACUUUAGCAACUUAAUUUAGGAAACAUGUUCUAAGGACACUAUUUAUGUUUUUGAAAUUGUCACAAUCUGUACAAAUGACCUACAGGUACAAAGAAUAAAAUAAAGGUAACUUUACCUUACUUAAAUACUUCCUGCCUUAAAGAAAGCAUUUCCAUGAACAUAGCUGGUGAAAGGGUUAAUAUCUGCAGAGCUUUACACUAGUUAGAGUGUGUAUGGUGUGUGCGUGUGUGUGUAUAUGAUCAUGCAACUGCAUACAAGUCCUGUCACUUUUUGCCUGCCACACGUUGCAUUAUCUUUAGUCAAACUGUGCAAAGUCUACUUCUAGUGUUUCACAACAGUAGGGAUUUUUUUAUAGAUUCUGCUUACUCUGUGUAUACUGAAUCUUUUUGAGCCAUAGGAUCCAAGCCAUAAACUCUCUAAGCAUGUUGAAUCCAAUCAGAGUGCUGUUUUCUAAAAUUUGCAAGUCAGGAGGAUUCAUCGGUAUCUUGUUGAUAAUAACAAAGAACCAACAAAAAAGAUGGUUAUGAUUGAGCAAAAAUUAGUAUUUUUUUUUCCUUCCUGAUAAGCCUUUUGUUGGAAAAUUUCUUUUUUGAGUUAUAAGGAAAAUCAAGUUACCUUAUAGUGACAUACAUCAUACUGGAAGAUUGCCAUUUUUCAUUUGGCCACUGGUGACAUGUUGUGAAACUGAAAUCAAAGUGCUCAUGUGUGUUUGUAUUAUGCAUAUUUGCAAAUACGCAACACUUGAAGCAGUGCCUCUCUGUGCCACUUGUUAACAUAAGUUUCCUAACGUGUUUACUGAGUAUAAAGUAAAUUAGUUUAAAAAAAAAAAUUUUUUUUUGAGGCAGAUCUCUCUUGGUCCUAGUUACAGCUAACAGUUGCUUUUUGGUUGGCUGGAUAUAAUUGUCCAGUAGAAUUGGUUUAAUAUGGCUGGCAAGAAUGGCAAGAGUUGUUUGUCUGAGUUCACUGAUUAAUUACAGAUACAAUUCAUUGGUUUUAAAAGUAAAUUUCAUGUACUGUCAAUGUUUCAUCCCAUAGAUUAUAAGUUUAAUUCCCUACCAUAACUGUGAAACUUUUGGAGUGUGACUCAGACAGCAAGCACACACUAUGCAAUAUGGUUUAUCCUGUAUUUAUUUGUAAAAAUAUCAGACAUAGAUCCUCUAUAUAUAUAUAAUAGUGUCAAAAUUACUAGUUGUGAACUAAGGGGAGUGGAGUUCUAGCUCCUGUCUGGCUAUUUCAGAUAAGUGCAGAAUGCAUUGAAUAUUGGAGAGCUUAACAAGUGCUUUCUUUUGUUCAUUUAAAAAUGUCUUAAAUUUUUCAUUAGAGUAUAGAAUCUUAUUUUUUUUAUUUUGUACAAGCUGCGCUUUUUUAAUUAUAAUCACUGAAAAAUUCACUAUAAUUUGAUUUUAUAGGAUUUUUGUAGCAUUACAAAAAUAUAGUAAAACUGAGGUUAAUACCUGUUGUGGCUAACCAUAUAAAAGUAUUCAAUCUUAAACUUGAACAGAAGUCAUAUUUUUUUUUUUUACCAGAUGUUAAAUAGGGAAAUAUUUUGUUCUGCAGGUCAUUAUCACAAAAGGUUUAUAGGUCAGCUGUGUUACCAGCAGUUUUUCUUUUCCCAUUUGAUGCAGAAACUAUUCUGGUAUAAAAUAUUCAGAAUUUUAUAAUUUUUCUCUGUGGGAGUGAUGCAUACAUUUGAUGCCAUUCGUGUACUAAAUUGUAAUUUUGGGAAUGCUGGAAUAAUUCCUACCAAGACUGUCUUAAUUGUGCCAUCUGACAUUUGAAUGUCAUCCUGGUAUUAGCUCAUAAUAAAAGAUAAAAAUAAAUGAGUCAAUUGUUCUUUUGAAUAUCCCUUUUUUUUUGUCUUGCUAUCUAAAAGCUGAACUGCUGGAGAACAUUUAAUAUUUAAGUCCACUCUAGUCACAGAGUGGAUGUUUACUUCGGGUCUAUUCUCUUUUUAAUAUUAACUCCCAACCUGCUCUCAUUGUUAAUCAGAAAGUGCAUCAAACAUUGAGAAAGAGUACUAUUGUUAGGACAGGUGCUUGAGUUUUGGUUGUUUUCUUAAAAAUUCUGUCUCUACAGCAGGAUAGUUGCUGUUUCAUUUUCCCAGUUUAGAGGGAAAUCCUGUACCCUCAGGGAUAAAGGAGGAGAAGUUCUUAAGAACAAGGGAAAUUACUUAAAAUAUUCUUCCUGCAGAUCCUUGAUGAAUUACUGUAUGCAGUUCCUAUCCAUGAACUUCUACAGAUUGUUCUCUUCUAGAUUAACUUGGCUUUGCUGCUGUCUUCAAGAAACAAACUUGAGCUGCCUUAGUAGAAAUAAAGGUAAUCCCUAUUCUGUUUUUCAUCUUUCACAGUUUACUGGAACUAAAAAUACUCAAGUGCUGAAUCAGAUGGAUGUGAAUACCAAUUAAAUGCAAAUUUAGACAUAUGCUAAUCCAAGUGACUUUUUUUUUUUUUUUGGAAGUAGGUAGGCCCCAAGUAUAACUGUGGAUCUAAAUCAUCUUUCAUGACAGCUUUGAAGGGAAAGGGAGGGAGGAGGAAUUACGCUUAGAACUUAGAGGACCUGACAGAUGCUAGUUCUGAUCGGUUUGUCUUACCAAGGCUGGUACCUUCACCUAGGUUCUUUGGCUCUUAAAAAGCAGCUAUUGAUUGCCAUUUGUCAUCCUCUUCUGUUCUGUCUCCUGCAGAGUCAGACAUGUGCUGGGUGUCUGUGUGUCUGUGUGUGUGGAAAGCAGGGCAGCUACCCUGGCCUGAGUGGGCUUGAUAAGGAAGAGUUGCAUCUUAAUAGCAUGAUGCUGACAAGCGGAUCAGAGAGGAUGUCAUUCAUGGAUGUAAGUUACUCACUUUCUUCCCUCUCUGUAACUAAGAUGAGAAUGACUUGUUUCAUUUAUUAAGUGUAAAUCUAAACUGGUUGAUUAAAUCUCUUUUUAGUUCUUUGUUUUUUAAUAAAAUGUGUUUGAUAAUA